UAAAAUCAUCUACCGCUGUUAGUCACUCGCAGUUACUCGAGUCGAUAACAAGUCUCAUAACAUCUCUGUCGGUACUUUCUAUUUCUUCAAGAGUUUGAAGAUUUGUAUUUUGAUUGAAGAAGAAUUUGAAAACACUUUCAAUCGAUGGAGAUUUUUAUGACUGUAUUAACGAUUCUCGCCAUUGGCUUGGGUCUUUAUCAUUUCUGUUUCCGUAGUACAUCUUACUUUAAGGAAAAAGAAUUACUACAUGAUACUCCAUUACCUAUAUUCGGCAAUAUGGCACCUUACUUUUUUCGACGAAAACCUGUACAUUUAUUAUUGGGAGAUUUAUACAACAAAUAUUCACAAACAAAGUACUUUGGAUUUUACGACUUCAUGAGCCCGGUUAUAAUACUUCGUGAUCCUGAAAUAAUCAAUUUAAUUGGGAUCAAAAACUUUGAUAAUUUUUGCGAUCAUACUAGUUUCGUUGCUGAAAACGAACCCUUAAUGGCAAAGAAUCUUUUUCAACUACGAGGUGAUACUUGGCGUGAAAUGAGAAAAAUAUUAAGUCCUACAUUCACCUCCAGCAAAAUGAAGAUGAUGUUUGGAUUGGUACAAGAAUGUGCUGAAAACUUUGUUAAUCAUAUCGCGAUAAAAUCUGAAAAAGGUUGGACAAUCGAAAUGAAAGACAUUUUUACAAAUUAUACGAGUGACGCAGUAGCGACAACUGCUUUUGGUAUUGCUAUUGAUUCUAUAAAGGAUCCGGAUAACAAUUUCAUUACGCUGACUAAGACGAUUUUAAAUUUUGACAGUAUUCUUUCUAUGAAAUUACUUCUGGGUAGAAAUUUUCCUUGGUUAUUUAAAACGUUUGACAUUAAACUAUUUGGUGACAAAGUACGUAACUUUUUCCGCAAUGUAAUCAUCGAUACUAUUAAAACAAGAGAAGAGAAAGGUAUUAUUCGACCUGACAUGAUUCAAUUGAUGAUGGAAUCAAGAGAGAAAAUGCAAAUAUCUUAUGAUGAUAUGACGUCACAAGCCUUUGUGUUUUUCCUUGCCGGAUCGGAUUCUACUGCGACCUUUAUGUGUUUUCUUGCUCACGAAAUAGCUGUAAACAAUGAAGUUCAAAUCAAACUACGAGAGGAAAUCAAUCAAAGUCUGAAAAUGACAAAUGGUCGGGCUACGUAUGAUGUUAUUAUGAAUUUGAAAUAUUUAGACGCUGUAAUCAAUGAAACUUUAAGGCUAUACCCUUUGACAUCGUUUGUGGACAGAUAUUGUUCAAAAAGUUUGGAAUUACCACCGGCAAUACCUGGAGGGAAAUCAUAUAUGUUAAAACCUGGGACAAGUGUUUGGUUUUUACCAUAUGCUAUACACCGUGAUCCAAAAUAUUUUCCAAAUCCAGAUAAGUUCGAUCCAAGUAGAUUUAUUAAUGGAGACAUUGAUUCAUUAAUUUAUUUUCCUUUUGGUAUUGGGCCCAGGAUUUGUAUAGGCAAUAGAUACGCUCUUAUGAUUUGUAAAGUUGUAUUUUUCAAUCUCUUAGCCCGUUGUGAACUUAAGAUAUGUUCUAAAACUUCGAUACCAAUAAAAUUUAGUAAAAAAAGUAUGAUCAUGACAGCUGAAAACGGUUUUUGGUUGGAAAUUAAUGCUCGAAAAUCCACUAAUGCUACUAAUACAAUCAACGGAAACGAUAACAAAUGAUAAAAUAAAUAAUAACGUUGAACGGAAA